GCUCGGCUCCGAGCAGCGCUCAGCCCGCCGCAGCUUGGAUGUGGGCUCGGGACAAGUGUUCCGCGCCUCCGCUCGAGAUGGACAGCCGCUACACCAGCGCCGCGGGCAUCGGGGACUUGAACCAGCUGAGUGCCGCCAUCCCUGCCACACGCGUGGAGGUGUCGGUGUCCUGCAGAAAUCUUCUUGAUAGAGACACAUUUUCUAAGUCUGAUCCAAUUUGUGUCUUAUAUAUACAAGCAGUUGGAAAUAAAGAAUGGAGAGAGUUUGGAAGAACUGAAGUGAUUGAUAAUACUUUGAAUCCUGAUUUUGUAAGAAAAUUUAUUCUGGACUAUUUCUUUGAAGAAAGAGAGAAUCUUCGUUUUGACUUAUAUGAUGUUGAUUCAAAGAGUCCCAAUUUAUCCAAACAUGACUUUCUGGGCCAAGUGUUUUGUACAUUGGGGGAGAUUGUUGGUUCACAGGGAAGUCGUCUGGAAAAGCCAAUAGUAGGAAUCCCAGGCAGGAAGUGUGGCACAAUCAUACUAACGGCAGAGGAGCUAAAUUGCUGCAGGGAUGCUGUCUUGAUGCAGUUUUGUGCGAACAAAUUGGACAAGAAGGAUUUUUUCGGGAAGUCGGAUCCUUUUCUUGUGUUUUAUCGAAGUAAUGAGGAUGGAAGUUUUACUAUUUGUCACAAGACAGAAGUUGUCAAAAACACUCUAAAUCCCGUGUGGCAAGCUUUCAAGAUCUCAGUCAGAGCCUUGUGCAACGGGGAUUACGACAGAACGAUCAAAGUAGAAGUGUAUGACUGGGACCGAGAUGGGAGUCAUGAUUUCAUUGGAGAAUUUACAACAAGCUAUCGAGAACUUUCCAGAGGACAGUCACAAUUCAACGUCUAUGAGGUGGUGAACCCCAAAAAGAAAGGAAAAAAGAAGAAAUACACCAAUUCAGGAACUGUAACCUUACUGUCUUUCUUGGUGGAAACAGAAGUCUCCUUCCUGGACUAUAUUAAAGGAGGAACGCAGAUCAACUUCACCGUGGCUAUUGACUUUACAGCAUCAAACGGAAAUCCUGCCCAGCCUACUUCUCUCCACUACAUGAACCCUUACCAACUGAAUGCCUAUGGCAUGGCCCUGAAGGCUGUGGGAGAAAUCGUUCAAGAUUACGACAGCGAUAAGAUGUUCCCAGCUCUUGGUUUUGGUGCGAAGCUGCCUCCAGAUGGAAGGAUAUCUCAUGAGUUUGCUUUGAAUGGCAACCCUCAGAAUCCUUAUUGUGAUGGCAUUGAAGGGGUCAUGGAAGCUUAUUAUAGAAGUCUGAAAUCUGUGCAGCUGUAUGGGCCAACCAACUUUGCUCCUGUGAUAAACCACGUAGCGAGGUAUGCAUCUUCCGUAAAAGAUGGCUCCCAGUAUUUUGUGCUCCUGAUUGUGACAGAUGGUGUGAUCUCAGAUAUGGCUCAAACUAAAGAAUCCAUAGUUAAUGCCUCGAAGCUUCCAAUGUCAAUAAUUAUAGUAGGUGUUGGACCUGCAGAAUUUGAUGCAAUGGUUGAAUUGGAUGGAGAUGAUGUAAGAGUUUCUUCCAGAGGGAAAUAUGCCGAAAGGGACAUUGUACAGUUUGUGCCAUUCAGAGAUUAUAUGGACAGAAGUGGAAACCACAUAUUAAGCAUGGCUAGACUGGCCAAAGAUGUCUUAGCGGAGAUCCCUGAGCAGUUCCUCUCCUACAUGAGAGCCAGAGGAAUCAAGCCAUCACCUGCACCUCCGCCAUACACCCCGCCUACACACGUGCUGCAGACACAGAUAUGACUAUGUCCAGAUGCUGAUGUCCAUCACGCGUGUCCAGAUGCUGAUGUCCACCACACGUCGGUCAACUGCUGAGCCUGUGCUUUGCACCUGGUGCUCCGCUAUGAACCAGGGAAGGAGACACUUUCUCAGUUUGGUUUCAGCAGUACUCGAUAAUGUGCUUUCUUGGAUCCAAAACCAAUUCUCUUCCUAAACCAAAACUGUAAAUAUGGUGGUUGCAUGAGCAACAGGAAAAUUGUUUAAAAUGCUUGAAGCAAAGUAGAGAUGUCUUCUCUAAUUUUCAGAUAUUUUUGUUUUGUUCUCGACAGAAUAGCAAAUUUCCAAUGUCUUAUUGGGAAAAAGCACAAGCUACAUUUUUAACACAAAUAUUGUCCUCGACUGCUAUAUACAUAUAUGGGACAGCAGUCUCUGUAUCAAGGUUUACAUGUUACUACUUUUUAAAUUUCAAUACUUUUAUAACUGUUCUUAAGAAUAAGUUUUGAAUAUCGAAUCCUUUGUCUUCUAAAUUGCAAUAGCUAUAAUCACAAGAGCAAUAUCUCUUUGAAUGACUGUCUGGACAUUCAUGGUAUGAAUAGGGAGGAGUAGAGUAAGAAAAAUCUAGUUAGUGGUUAAUAUCUGUCCUCAGUUUUGGCCAAAUAGUGGGAGUUUAAACUUAUAAACAGAUGUGACCCUGUAAGAAUAAUGCAUUUUUCAUGGUCUGCAGUUGACUUGUGUUUAACAAUGCUAAAGCAGAAACCAUGAAAAGGCAAACAUAGAUAGUGAAUGGCAAAUGCACAGAAUAUACUUUAUAUAAAAACUACCAUCAUUAUAAUGCUAUUUAACAAUUAAAACCAAGACUGUAACUCUGAACCAUGUAGCAGGGGUUUUGAACUUUGUAUUCAGUUGUAUCCUGUCUAGAUAUUUUAAUUCAAAGGGAUACUCGCUCUCUUGCUUGGGGUUUCUUCUCCUCACCAUUCCACUUUGCCAUACGGGUUGCACAGGCUGGAGUCUCUUGUGAGUUCUCAGUUCCACAUUCACAAGCCUGUGACUUAGCACAUGACCCAUUUGUGAAAGAAACUUCUUCCUGUCCCCUGACCUGCCUGUUUGUAAAAUAACCCAGCCAGCCCAUCCCUGUGCCCCGGCCUGCCUGCUCACAAUCAAUUCUAAAUAGUUUCCAGUGUACAGUUUUUAUACGAAUUACAAGUUUUGUGAAGUUAUGUAUAAACUUCUUUAGAACAAAUGGCCUUAAAUUCUCACAGAAUUCCUGGAAAUGAUUGUGAAUUGCCUUCAACUUACAGAAAUGUGUAUUUAUUUAUUGUUCUUUUUGUGUCAAUGGUGUGACUGCUUUAUAACCUCUCUGCCUUCCCCUCUUUGCUACUUGGAUUAUUCCUACCGUGUGUUCUCUUGUCACGACUGGACGAAUAGUGACUUUUAUAAGCAUGAAACUGUUUUACUGGAAAAAUGCAUAGUCCUCACAGAUAACAGAAUCACAGUCACAUAACUGUGAUAUGAAUUGUCCAUUUUUAAGUACACAUUAAAAUCUUUAAAAAGAUAACUGUGUUCUGUAUAUAUCGUGGCAGGAGUGGAGUCUCAUAAUUUUCUUUGCUGAUUGUAAACAUUUAUGCCAUUUUAUUUUUAUUAGCCUACAUAUUUAAAAAAUUAACUUCAUUCUUCAGUCCAAAAGUAAAAAGUAAAUAAGACCAAUAAUAAUCCCCUUGUGUCAAACACCAGUUAUUUUCCUUGUACUGACAGGCAACACACUCCUAUCUGAAUGGUAGUGUGCUCACAUGGAUUCCAGGCAUGAAACAGUCUGAGUGAUGUAUCAUACUUAUGGCUGAGAAGAAUAGUUUGGACAAUAUUUAGCCUUAGGUCUCUGUCUAAGACUGGGAAAGCCUUGUCUCAGGGAACAAAGAUUACAUAAAUAAUAGGAUGUCGUGACUCACACGAAGCUGGGCUCAUGCUCACAAACUUUGUGAAAUUUCUGUUGUAUCUACUUGACUUUUCCAGUUGCUAGGAGGUAUGGUGCAGCCACAAAUCCCGGGAGCAUGCUGCAUGGAUUCACACACAUGUGGACAGCUGCGCUGACAAAUUGCACAUCCAGGCCACGCAGACCUUAAACAAGAAGCUUUACAAGGGUGUGCGCUGAGAAAGGAGUGACUGGACCAAGUCACCAGAUCUGAUGCCGAGACCUGUCCAGACCUGACGUGGAUGCCAUGGGAAUUCCCACAAUCCUCAGCGCUGUCUCAUCCUAAUUCUGCCCCCCCCCCCAACUCUCCAGCUUCUGUCCCAUUAUUCCUACCAUCCAGGCUUAGAGUCCUGUACCAUUGAUGUCCAUUGCUUCCUAAAGGAAUAUUAAAGCUAUGCAGACCUAUGGUUCCCUCCUCUCUUACCCAUCCAGUCUCAGCCAUAGUGCUAUGCUUAGUCAUUAACUUGUAUCAUUGAUAAACUACUUUCUAGAAUAUCUUGUUUCCCUUUCCUUAGAGAAUAUGGCUUGAAUGACACGUGAGUAGAGAUGAAGUUUAAAGGAUUCCAAGUUUAUUGUGUAGCUGCUAGAAAACGAGAAAGUAUUGGAAGUCUUAAUUGCCACUUUCAACCCUCCCUUCCAGUAUGUAAUACAAAGAUAAAAGAGGUAGGUGCAGAGAGAGAAGAACUUUGGAAACAAUCUUGGUUCACAGAUACUUGUUCUUUACACUUAGUUGGGAUUAUUAAUUCUAUCAUGUUUUGUAGGCAUAGGUUACAUGUUCAUUUCCUGGCCUCCCAGACCCAAAAUAAUCACACAGAAACCAUAUUAAUUGCAGCAAUGCUUGGCCAA